GUCUACACAGGUCCGGAACGCUCAGCGCAGUUGUUUGUUUCCAGCCGGUCAGAGUCCGGGUCUGUGUGUUUGUGUGUGUGUGCGCGCGUGCUGCGGUGUUGUGAUGGCGGCGCUGCGGACGGUAUUAUGUGGGCGUGUCCUGAGGCCCCUCCCCGUCUGCUCGGGGUCACUGCGCUUCGCCAGCUCGUCUUUCAAGGCUGCAGAUCUCACCAUCGAGAAAGCGAAGGCGCCGAACCCGAAGCCCGACCCGUCCAGCCUGGGUUUCGGGAAGUUUUUCUCCGAUCACAUGCUGACCGUGGGCUGGACGGAGAGAGGAGGAUGGGAAGCUCCUCAGAUUAAACCCUUCCAAAACCUGUCGCUCCACCCGGCGUCCUCCGCCCUGCACUACUCCGUCGAGCUGUUCGAGGGGAUGAAGGCGUUCCGCGGAGUGGAUAAUCAGAUCCGUUUGUUUCGGCCCAUGCUGAACAUGGAGCGCAUGUAUCGCAGCGCACACCGCUGCUGCCUGCCUUUGUUUGAUAAGCACGAGCUGCUGGAGUGCAUUAAGAAGCUGAUCCAGCUGGACCACGAGUGGGUUCCGUACUCCACCGACGCCAGCCUUUACAUCAGACCCACCCUGAUCGGGGUCGAGCCUUCUUUGGGCGUGUCCAAAGCAGGCCACGCCCUCCUGUUUGUCAUCGUGGGUCCGGUGGGGCCGUACUUCGCCACAGGAGCCUUCAACCCCGUGUCCCUGCUGGCGGAUCCUCGCUACGUGCGGGCCUGCAGGGGCGGAGUCGGCGCCUACAAGAUGGGCAGUAACUACGGGCCCACUAUAGCCAUCCAGAUGGAGGCGGUGAAGCAGGGCUGUCAGCAGGUGCUGUGGCUGUACGGAGACCAGGAGGAGAUCACCGAGGUCGGCACCAUGAACCUCUUCAUCUACUGGACCAACGAGAAAGGAGAGCGAGAGCUGGUCACUCCUCCACUAGAUGGCAUCAUUCUCCCCGGGGUCACCAGGCAGUCACUACUGGAUCUGGCCAGGGAGUGGGGUGAGUUUAAGGUGACGGAGCGGACGCUGCCGAUGAAGGAGCUGAUGGAGGCUCUGAAGGCCGGCCGGGUGUUGGAGGUGUUUGGCUCGGGGACGGCGUGUGUGGUGUGUCCCGUCGGCAGCCUGCUGUAUAAAGGACAGCACUUUGAAAUCCCGACCAUGAAGAACGGUCCUGAGCUCGCCACCAGGUUCUACAAGGAGCUCACCGACAUCCAGUACGGACGCAAGAGGAGAGACUGGGCGCCGCUCAUCACCGUCUGAUCGCGUGCCUUUCCUCCGCUCAGCUCUGGCGGGAAACGCAGUUCCUCCACACUCCGUUGCUUUGUUUCGUCUUGUCUUAUUUGUAGGGACUAAAGCUUUAUUGCUCUAAAGUAACCGCAUGAGGGAACAGUCCAUCGUUACUGUUCAGCUCGUAAGAAAAGCAGCAACCGCCAUCAUCAUCACUACCGUGACACCUCUAACACACUCGCACGUGUAUAGAAAUGUAUUUGUGUUUUUAAUAAUGCACGCGUCCAGCCUGGCUAGUGCACGGUGCGCGAUGUGCAGCAACAGAGCAAACAAUGCAAAUAACGUCUGUAGGGAUAUCGUACGGUGCAAUAACGUUCAGAUCGUCUCGGUGUAGAGUUACUGAUUUUAACUAUCGAUUUUUAUUUUCACAUUAGAUAACCGGUGAGCUAACUUUAGCCUCUAGCUUAACCAGUACUGUGUGUUCUUCCAGAAAAUUAGUUUUUAGAGUCUUUUAAUCUAAAGACGUUCCAGAAAUUCUUCUUCUUUUAUUACUGUUAUUAAUAUUAACAUAGGUUUAAAAUCAGGUUGUGAUAUUUUGUGAAAGAGUAAGUACGUGUUCAGGUAUUUAACAUAGUAGUUGCAGCAUGCUGUGUGCUCCAGAAAUAUUGGCACCCUUUACCAGACUGUGUGUACUCUACUUUACUGUAUCUAUAGAAAUGAUGGUACAUAAUGAAGUAAGUCAUGUUCAAGUCCAAACAUGACGCGACUUUACGUCUGGGUGGGGAACAUGUUAAUAGGAAUCAGGGAAGAAAGAGAGUUCUUAAGGUGAAAUUUCAUAUUGCGAAGCGCAUUCUCCCAUAGGAAAUAAUGUAAAUGCAGAUAAUCCGUUCCAGUCGCCCAAAAACAUUACCAAUAUUACCAAUUUCCAAUUUGCUUUGUAUGCUGAGGAAUGUUUCUUGCAAAAUUUCAGUUGGCCAAUCAUAAAAGGUGCCAAUAGUUAUUCUGGAGUUCACUUCAUUAAUAAUGUAGCCAAUAAAACAAAUGUUCAUGUUUCACAAUCGUAUAUCAGCGGAACAGUUUCCUGAACAAAGAGGCGGAGUCGAGUGUUUUGCAUUUUAAAAAGUGUUGUGUGUGUGUCUAGAUCAUCACUAUUGCUUUAAUGUUACCUAUACCAUUUAUUUAAAGACGCACAAUAUGGAUUAUAAAGUUACAUGAAAUGUACAUGAGGUCAAUGUUGCUGUAAUGAUAUUUAUGUAACAAAUUGAUGGACUGAUUGUGCAGACUUGAAGCUUUGAAAACACUCCCUGCACUAAAACUUGAUGAUGAUGAAUGUCACUGCACUAGCUUACUGUACGUGUUACAACUUGAUUUGACCUUUUUUUCUGUCUGUUUUCGUUUUAUCAGUUCAAGGUACAAAGACUUUUUUUUCUUUUUCUUUUCCUAAGCCAUCUUAUCUUUCUUUCUCCCAAGUGCCUGAUGGACGGUUUUGUUCAUGUCACAUGUGGUCAUGCAUUAAGAGCUUUUUAAUUUUAUCAGUGUGUGUGUGUGUGUGUGUGUGUUUACUGAGCGAUACGGGGUGGUCAGCUGUUAUACUUUAUCUCGCUAUUAAUGUGUUUUAACAAUAAAAGAACAUAAAAAGGA